AGGAGCCAGCGUCUUCUUACAAAUUGACUUGCGUUCUGGCUAUCAUCAGCUGAAGAUCCGGGAGUCGGAUAUUUCUAAGACUGCUUUCCGUACCCGCUAUGGCCACUAUGAGUUCGUAGUCAUGCCGUUCGGACUCAGCAAUGCCCCAGCCGUUUUCAUGGACCUUAUGAAUAGGGUCUUUCAUCCUUUCCUGGACCAGUUCGUCAUUGUGUUCAUCGACGACAUUCUGGUCUAUUCACGAGACAUCGAUCAGCACAAGGAGCAUUUGAGGAUUGUGCUGGAGACUCUUCGCCGUGAGAAGUUGUAUGCUAAGUUCUCGAAGUGCGAGUUCUGGCUGAACCGUGUGGCAUUUCUUGGCCACAUUGUGACAGCUCGAGGCAUUGAGGUGGAUCCCAGCAAGAUUGAGGCUGUGAGCAAGUGGGAUAUGCCAAGAAGUGCUGCAGAUGUUCGUAGUUUCCUGGGGUUAGCAGGAUACUACAGGAGGUUUAUCGAGGGCUUCUCGAAGAUAGCCCAGCCACUGAACAACCUUACGAAGAAGGCCGUGAG